AUGCCUGGUCUCGUGCUUCUUCCUACGCCUCUGGCACCAAACACCUUGGCCUUGGGUCAAUUGCUCGUCGACCCCCUGGACCCAUCAUCAACAUCCUUCACCAGCACAUCCACUCCUGCUCUCCGGAAACCCGAGAUCCAAGCACAGUACAGAGAUGUAGUCACUCACGACCACGAGGGCCACUUCAUCUCCAGCAUCUCAGGGGAUCUCUCUACCCUGGACAGCCACCUCCUCAUGGUGCAAGCCGACGAGGCAGAGUACUCCUCCGUUACCAGCCCAUCCGCCUCCUUCGACGCACUACGACAAGAUCCCUCUGCCCGGCGAUUCCUCCGGAAGAUGGGCCAGCAGAACCAACCACUGUACUACGUCGUCGGCAUCCAGAAGCUCAGGAACCCAACCUUCAAGCGCGCAGUCCUGCAGGACGGAACCGUAGCCGAGGCUAAGAACGCCUCGGAUCCCAAGAUCCGCCUCCCCUCGCACAUGCGCCGUGACUCCGGCAUGGAUGUCGAGCAGAGCGAGGCCGUCGUCGGCGUCGAGCUCAUGAAGGUCAUGUGCCAUGUUGGCUCCCCCAAUGAGCCCCAUGCCCUCUCAGACAUCGGAUACAGCUGGAGCUACCACAGCGCGAAGGCGGACCACGAUGACCAGCUGUCUAUUGGCUUUGGCAGUCCGCUCAGCGGUGCAGAGCUGCGAGCGCUGGCCGGCAUCUCGAGUGAUGCUGAUCUCACCGACGACAGUCACUUCGACGAGCCUGAAUCAGACGGCUUUGGCGGUUUCUAG